UUCUCCCUACGUUUUAGAAAGAAGCAGCACGAGAUGACAUAAAGCCAAACUCAUAGACGUUUCCAGGGAUGUAUAUCUCUUUAUUUUCGGAAGCAAUGAACUACAAUAAUGACACUUAUGAAUGACUGCCUUAAGCCUGCCAUCCUGUGUUAGCUGUGUUGUUUCUGUUACUAUUUUAAGUAUAAUCUCAUUUCAUUUGUGCUAAAUCAUCAUGUAUUCGUUAUUUGUUUAUUACAAGUUACAAUAUUAAGUAAUUAAAAACCUAACCGUUGAAUGGCUUCCUGUUACUGUACUCAUAAUGUUCUCUUGUGCAAAUUUAGGUCCAGUUUCAGUGAAAUAAAGGCUUCCUUAUGAUAUUACUGCAAGGAGAUGACAAUCAGAAGAUGGUCCAAAUUUCGGUCUACAGUCAGUAGACCAAUUAUUAGAAAAACUCUUCUAUCUUCUGUGUAAUAGACACAUGAUAAUUAAUCUAAGGGUAGAGUAUAAGGUUAAGAUUGAUAUGGGAAAGUACAUUGUACUGGUUUCUCCAGUAAUCAGCCUUCCCAAAGCGAUAGAUUGCUCGUUUUUUUUGCUGUCAUAUUUGUUUGCAUUUUUGGUUUUUUCUCUAGCACGUGAGUUGGGACCUUUUGAUGUAUGAUAUUGUAGGGUCUUUUGUCACCCACAAACAGGCAAGCUUAAGAGUUUAACUUAUGUUAUACUAUACUUUAGCUUAGGAUUCAUUCUUCUUUAUCUCUCUGUUUUCCGUGUUCUGAUACUUAGCAGCAAUCCAUGUGCUUUCGUCUAUCUCAUUCUCAAAUUUUAUGCUGCUCUUUUACAAAUAAAGGAAUCUUUUCUUUCUCUUAAGAGGAAAAUAGUGAGAUUGAGCAAGUGAGGUUUCUAAUCAUGCAUUAUUUUCUUUAUUUUCCUGGCAUUUGCAUGUGCAUCAAAUGAUUUUGGCCCACCUCAUAAAAAUAAUAGUAUUCUAUAUGAUUUUGGUGCCACUCAAAAACUAAUCUUUCAACCCCACCACCAUUACCUUCUUUCUAUCCCCAUUAUUUCUUUCCUGGUAUUUAUUCUUCUUCCUUUGCUAAAGUCAGUGAUCAGAAUUUAAGCAGCAGUGUUUUUUACGCUUGAUGAUAUGAGUAGCCCAGCACCUUGCAGCAGCUCCUGGUCUAUUAGUGAAGACUCGCUAAGACGAUAUGUACACUAUGCAAGUGAAAAUUGUAUACAAGAGCUUCUGUCAGCGUCAGACUCGAGCAGGAACGGGAAUGGGAAUGACGGAUGGAAGAUUCUAAGUUUAGAUGGUGGCAUGGAAAUAUCAAAGCGGCAUUCAGGAUCAUUUCACAUCUUUCGCAGCCGUUGGCUACUCAGAUCAGUCUCGCCUGAGCAGUUCAUAUCUGUUGCCAAUGCUAUUGAUGCUGCAAAGCAAUGGGACCGUGAUUUGGUGGAGGCAAAAUACAUAAAGGAUCUAGAGGAGAACUUGAGCAUAAUACGGCUAAGGUUCGGAGAUGCAUCGCGUCCUUUGUUUAAGAACAGAGAAUUCAUCGUUUAUGAGCGACGUGAGACAAUGGAUGAUGGCACCCUGGUGGUUGCAGUAGCUUCACUUCCGAAGGAGAUAGCUGCUGGAUUAUAUCCUAAGCAAAACAAAGCAAUCAGGGGUUUAUUAUUGCAAUCUGGGUGGGUUGUGGAGAAACUUGAGGAUGAUUCCUGCAUGGUCACCUAUGUUGUUCAGCUAGAUCCAGCAGGAUGGCUUCCAAAGUUCUUUGUCAAUCGGCUAAACACAAAACUUGUGAUGAUUAUUGGAAAUCUAAAAAAAAUAGCACAAAGCAAUCCACUUGAUGGUGCAUUAUGAUUACUUGUAUAAAGAAGUCUGGAUAAAGGGCAAGAGUAAGUGCAGGAAACCUUUUUGUGGUGAAAAUUUUGAAUCAUAAUUCAUAGUGGUAAUAUGAUUAUAUGUACUAACCAAUCAUCUUCGAUUUUACCACAUUAUGAGUUCUUGAUGCUUUGUUUAAACUUGAUCAAACAAAAUUUAAACCCACGGUGGUUAAAAUGGCGCUUAAUGUAAUCAUUACAUUACUGAAAUAUGUAUGAUAAAGAUUUUUAUACCUUUUGAUA